AUGGCUACAUCAGUCGCUAAGUCGAGACUUCUGGAUCUUACGCGGACACAAUGUAAUCUAUUCCAAACUACGUUCAACCCCGAAAGGCUACGGACGGGGAACAAGAUCCUGCGACAGAGGUUAAAAGGUCCAUCGUUGGCCGCAUAUUAUCCCAGGAAGCCCAGCACACUACGCGAUCUUCAGGACGACUUCAAUAAAUUAGACUUGAUAACAUAUGACGAGGACGAAGAGUACAGGUUAGAAGGCAUACAGAUUGCCAAAUUCAGAGGGAAAGGUGCUCCGAAGAAGAAGAGGGUGGCUGAUACAACGAAGAAGGGCAGAAAGAGGAAGUAG